CAGAGAGAGAGAGAGAGAGACAUCAAUUCCCCUUUUUUGACUAAAAUUCUCUCUCAGCUUUUCUAAUCCAGACCAUUGGUUUCAAGUGAGAUUCUCUCUCUCUCUCUACCUCUACUUCACCAAAAUCUCUCCUUUUUUCCCCAGAAACAUUUCUCCAGCUCCCAACUAUCUAAAUCUCGUUUGGAUUUUGAAAGGGUUUCUCUUUUCUUCUCUCUCCCUGGUCAAGUUCUGUUUUUUUUUCUUCUUCUGGGGAUGAGUUUAGAUUCCGUCAAAGUGAUGGAGAAAUCGAACAAAUCUAAUGAGAGCGAGAAGAAGAAGAAGAAGAAGAAGAAGAGGAAGAAGCAGAACAAUGUGAGGAACAGCGAAGGAGAAGAAGAAGAAGGAAAAGGGUGUUGGAUCAAAUUUAGGGUAAUGGUUUGUUGCCAACCUUCAACUUCUUCUGACGUUGAUGAUACCACCACUCUGGGAAGUAGUAAGUCGGGAGCAAGUGUGAAAUCAUCAAAUGAGCAGCAACCAGCUGUCCCUGUUUCUUCUUCUUCUACAACAGCAACUGCAACUAGCAAUGCUGAAAGCUCUUUGUCCACUCCUAUCAUCAGUGAAGAACUUAAGAUGUUUUCUCACUUAAAGACUUUUUCUUUCCUUGAUCUCAAGUUGGCUACUAGAAACUUCAGACCCGAGAGUCUUCUCGGCGAAGGUGGCUUUGGUUGUGUCUUCAAAGGAUGGGUCGAGGAGAACGGUACUGCUCCUGUUAAGCCUGGCACUGGCCUCACUGUCGCCGUCAAAACCUUAAAUCUUGAUGGCCUCCAGGGUCAUAAAGAGUGGCUUGCUGAGAUAAACUAUCUUGGUAACCUUCUCCAUCCGAAUCUUGUUAAACUGGUGGGUUAUUGUAUCGAAGAUGACCAAAGGCUGCUUGUUUAUGAGUUUAUGCCUCGAGGCAGUUUGGAGAAUCACCUUUUCAGAAGGUCGUUGCCUCUGCCAUGGUCAAUUCGGAUGAGGAUUGCAUUAGGUGCUGCAAAGGGUCUCAGUUUCCUUCACGAAGAAGCUCUCAAACCUGUCAUAUAUCGUGAUUUCAAAACCUCCAACAUUCUACUCGAUGCUGACUACAAUGCAAAACUAUCAGAUUUUGGGCUUGCCAAAGAUGCUCCUGAUGAAGGCAAAACCCACGUGUCUACUCGAGUCAUGGGCACUUAUGGUUACGCUGCUCCUGAGUAUGUUAUGACUGGUCACUUGACAUCGAUGAGCGAUGUUUACAGCUUCGGUGUGGUUCUACUCGAAAUACUGACUGGUAGAAGAUCCAUGGACAAAAACCGACCAAGCGGUGAACAUAACCUGGUAGAAUGGGCGAGACCGCAUCUCCUUGACAGAAGAAGAUUCUACCGGCUACUUGAUCCGAGGCUGGAGGGUCAUUUCUCCAUCAAAGGAGCUCAGAAAGUAACCCAGCUUGCAGCCCAAUGCCUUAGCCGCGACUUCAAGAUGAGACCCAAAAUGAGUCAAGUGGUUGAAGUCCUUAAACCACUCCCAAUGCUCAAAGACAUGGCUAGCUCUUCCUAUUACUUCCAGACAAUGCAAGCCGAGCGAUUGAAAGCUGGGUCUGGCUCUGGCUCAGGUCGUGGCUUGGGGUCAAGAAAUGGGCAACCCGUGUUCCGGACUCUGUCUAGUCCUCAUGGUCAAGCUGGUUCUUCACCGUAUCGUCACCAGCUUCCGUCUCCUAAGCCCAAAGGUGCUACUACUUAAAGCUAUAUCUCACUUCCUUUAGAGGCUCUUUCUUGGGACGCAAGAUAACUGUCCUUUUAACCGAUGUAAAACCGAUAUUUUUAACCGUUUUAAAGAAAAGUAAGUUAUGGUGUAUAAGAUUUGAUCUUAAAGAAGAUCCAACGUUGUGGAUUUACCUCUGUUGUAGCCUCUUGUUACUCUUCUUUCUUCUAUUGUAUGCUUUUAACAGUUUGUCUUAGUGUUUAUUAUUGUCAUUUCAUUA